AGAGCUGAAUGUUGGCUGUUGCAUAACCACACUGAUGACUGUGUGGUGAUUUUUGUACCAGGGUAAUGAAAUGAAGGCAGCACAAGUUCUUCAUCUUGAAAUGAACAAAGGAAGAGCAAAGGAAAGUCAGAAGAUUGCUGGAGACAGAGGACAGUGGGCCAGCAAAACAGAAUAUCUUCUGGUUGUUGCAGGAAAUGUGGUGGGCUUGGGCAACGUGUGGAGAUUUCCUUAUCUUUGCUACAAGAAUGGUGGAGGUGCCUUUCUGCUGCCAUAUUGUCUCUUAGCCAUGGUGUGUGGGAUACCAUUGUUCCUAUUAGAGUCUUCAAUUGGUCAGUACAGCCAAGAAGGAUUUAUCACCUGCUGGCAGAAACUGUGUCCACUGGCACAAGGAAUUGGAUAUGGAUAUUUCAUAAUGAAACUUUACGACUUCAGCUACAUUUUAAUCCAAGUCUGGGCUCUCUUCUACCUGGUGUUUUCUUUCCGCUCCCAGCUCCCCUGGGUCAGCUGUGAGAACACCUGGAAUACAGCUAAUUGUCUUGGCCUUCAUUCAUCUAACGGGACUGCAAAUCUAACCAACACCACCUCUGCUGCAGUCGAGUUCUGGGAGCGGCGGAUGCUGGCCAUGUCUGCAGGUAUUGAAGAAAUGGGCGGUGUUAGGUGGGAGCUGGCUCUUUGUUUACUGGCCAGCUGGGUGUUCUGCUACUUCAGCAUUUGGAAAGGUGUCAGAUCUUCUGGAAAGGUAGCCUAUUUCACAGCCUCAUUUCCUUAUGCGAUCCUCCUGAUACUGCUCAUUAGGGGCUUGACUUUACCUGGAGCAUGGGAAGGGAUUUACUUCUACCUGUAUCCAGAUGUGAACCACCUGGCUAACCUUCAGGUCUGGAUUGAGGCAGGAUCUCAAAUAUUCUUCUCCUACAGCCUGACGAUGGGGACUCUAAAUGUUCUGGGCAGCUACAAUGAUUACAACAACAACUGUUACAAGGACUGCUUUUGGCUGUGUCUGCUGAACAGUGGAACCAGUUUUGUUGCUGGAUUUGUCGUCUUCUCUGUACUGGGAUUCAUGGCAGAGAAACAGGGUGUUACUGUGGACGCUGUGGCUCAGUCAGGUCCAGGGUUGGCCUUCAUUGCGUACCCUCAGGCUACAGCGAUGAUGCCUUUGCCGCAGUUUUGGACUAUCUGCUUUUUCCUGAUGCUCAUUUUGCUCAGUGUCGACACACAUUUUGUGACAGUAGAGUCUGUUAUCACCUCUGUCAGCGACUUGUUUCCGACAUUGUUUCACGCUCCAGUGAGGCACGAGAUCUUUGUCCUUGCCGUCUGUUCAGCCUUCUUUCUCAUACAUCUGACCUUGGUCACAGAGGGAGGAAUUUACAUAUUCCAGCUUAUUGAUUAUUACGGUUGCACCAGAGCCUGUCAGGAUUUUAUGGCUGUUUGUGAGUGUGUGGCUGUAGCUUGGAUUUUUGGUGCUGAAUGUUUUUCUAACGUCAUUGCGGACAUGGCAGGACAGAAACCAUCUGCCUUCUUUAAUCUGUGCUGGAGAUACAUCAUUCCCCUGCUGACAUUUUCUUCCUUCAUCUUAUACCUUGUUGAUUACCAACACCUCACAAUUAAUGACGGGUACGUUUACCCUGACUGGGCGUACAAGCUAGGAUGGGCCAUGACUCUGUCUUCUGUUCUCCUUGUACCGCUGUGGGCUGCGGGACAGAUGUAUUUAACACCAGGCACCUUCAGACAGCGUUUGCACGUCCUUUGUCGUCCUACUAAAGCGUCAGUGAAGCAGACAGAAAAUGGAGCAGUGAAACAAAGUGGUGACGACUGCAAAGCUGAGGACCUCUGCAACGAAUGCACAGCUCUGUGA